UAGAGAUAUUCUCGAGCUCGAGUAUAGUUUUAGCUGGUAUUAGUUGCGCACGCGAUCGUCUGGUGAUUUGAUGUUAUGGAGAAAUUAGCGAAACCGCAGAUAAUCAGCCACAUCGAGAAGUCAUUAGACUACUCAAUAUUCGACGCUAAAUGGGUACCAUGCAGUGCCAAAUUAGCGGUUAUAGGCUCAAGACCUCGUGGCAGCGGAGUCAUACAAAUCUUUGAGGUAUCAAGUGGUGAACUGGACCUAGUGAAAAGUAUCGAACGAUCGUGUUCCAUUAAAUGCGCCACUUUCAAGGCAUCGAGUUUGAGAGAACGUCACCUGGCUGCUGGUGAUUUCAAGGGUAAACUUAACUUGUACGAUUUGGAAGACGCGUCAGUACCUAUAUACAGUGCUAAUGCUCACACUGAAAUUAUUAAUGCUAUCGACGGCGUAGCUGGCGAUUCCAUUGGAUGUGGUGCUCCUGAAAUUCUCACAGGUUCGAGGGACGGCAGUGUUAAGGUAUGGGAUCCAAGACAAAAAGAUAAGCCAGUAGCAGUGAUGGAGCCGAAGGAAGGCGAAACACGUCGCGACUGUUGGUCAGUAGCGUUCGGCAACUCCUACAAUGACGAUGAUCGCGUUGUAGUUUCGGGUUAUGAUAACGGCGAUGUCAAAAUGUUCGACUUACGAGCUAUGGCACUCAGAUGGGAGAGUAAUCUCAAGCAUGGCGUUUGUGGUAUCGAGUUCGAUCGACGUGACAUUGCCAUGAAUAAACUCGUGUGUACGACACUACAAGGGAAGAUAUACCUAUUUGACUUGAGAACACAGCAUCCGAAAAAAGGAUUUGCUUAUCUCGUUGAAAAGGCACACUCGUCGACUGUAUGGCUCGUACGACACCUACCACAAAAUCGCGAAAUUUUCGCUACCGGCGGUGGAAAUGGUUCUCUAUGCUUAUGGAAAUAUCACUAUCCAGAAAAACGAAAAGUUGCAGACUCAGAAGGCAUAGAGGAAGGUAUAGUAGGUAACUUAAAACUUUUACAACACAGCACAUUAUCAUCCCAGCCUGUUAGUUCGCUUGAUUGGAGUCCAGACAAACAAGGUCUAGCAGUGUGCACAUCGUUCGAUCAGUGCGUGCGUGUUAUUAUUACGACAAGGCUCAAUCUUUACUGAACGAACAUUAAAUUUUUUGGCAAUCAUUGCUGACUUUUGUUUUUAAUGCAACCUCUAGGUAUGAAAAUUCGUGCAUGAUGCUUGUAACUAGCGAUCUUGCCGCUUGUAACUAGCGAUCUUGCCACUUGUAACAAUGAUUGUGUGACUUUGUUUAGACAAACAAAUGAUGAGUACUGUUUGUGAGAGUAGGCUCAUUUCAAACUCAGCAUAGUCUUCAAAUUUUAGUUUUUAAAUGGUUUUAUAUAAGUGAAUCAUGUUAAAUAAACAUUCUGCGUACUUCUUGUAAUUUUAUUAUAGAUUGCAA